CCUAUAUUUUUUGGUUUAUGUUGAUGAUAUUAUUGUGACCGGCAGCAACCCGAAGUUAGUUGAUUCGUUAAUCAAGUUGAUGGGGAACACCUUCUCUAUUAAAGAUCUUGGUGCUCUUAAUUAUUUCUUGGGUGUUAAUGCCAUUUUCACUCCUGCAGGCCUUUUUCUUUCACAGGCUCAGUACAUUCGUGAUUUAUUGGAUAAAUUUGGUAUGGCUGAGGCUAAACCGAUUUCCUCCCCCAUGGCUACUGCUGCUCUUCAGUUGCACCAAGGUCUCAAACUUUCAGAUCCUUCUUCGUAUCGGAGUCUAGUGGGCUCUUUGCAAUAUCUUAAUCUCACUCGGCCGGAUAUUACCUUUGCUGUCAAUCGUCUUUCCCAGUUCCUUCAUGCACCAUCUGAUGUGCAUAUGCAGGCUGCCAAGCGUAUCUUACGUUAUCUCAAAGGGUCUGUCUUUCAUGGACUUCUACUUCGCCGGCAACCUCUGUCUCCUCUUCAUGCCUUUUCUGAUUCUGAUUGGGCCGGUGACAAGGAUACCCUUCAGUCUACCACUGGCUUCAUUGUGUUCUUGGGCAGCACUCCAAUUUCUUGGAAGGCUUGUAAACAAAAGGCUGUUGCUCGUAGUUCAACUAAGGCAGAGUAUCGUGCGUUAGCUGCUGCUUCCUCUGAGGUCAUUUGGGUCUGUAAUAUUCUCCGCGAACUGGGUCAUCCUGUCUCUUCUCCGCCUGCCAUAUACUGUGACAAUAUUGGUGCUACUCAUCUUAGCAGCAAUCCCGUAAUGCAUACUCGCAUGAAGCACAUUGCCAUUGAUCUUCAUUUUGUGCGUGAAUUAGUGGAUCGAAAGCUGUUGCGGGUCAGUCACAUCUCCACUAUUGACCAGCUUGCCGAUGGGCUGACAAAACCUUUAUCUUCAGCUCGCUUCUCUCAACUGAAAUCCAAGAUUGGAGUUACUGAUGGUAGCUCCAUCUUGCGGGGGCGUAUCACGGCAACAAAUCCGGUCAUCAAUUCCAGCAAUCCUCGCUCGUGAAUUACGGCAACACAAUCCCCGCUCGUGAAUGACAGCAACAAGACUCAAUCUUGGCAACUAUGUAUUCUGCAUUAUAGCAGCAUAUCAGUUACAAAUUAUAGCAGCAUAUCAGUUACUGUUUUAAAUCAUAUAUACUCCAUUAUUGUAUAUAUCUUUAGUUUCCUUGUGUAACUACAAACACUUGUAUAUAUUUGAUUCAGCUUUAUGAAUACAAAUCAUUGGUUUCC